AUGGACGAUUCGUGGGACCGUUCGCUAUUCGACAAGGAGCUCAAAUCAAUCCUCGAUGCCAAGCUGCCCGUUUCUGCUUCCAAGAUCAACGCAUUGCAGUCCUUGGCCAUCUCACAUCCAAAGCACCACAACUAUAUUGUUCAAUGUGUUGUUCGGUUUAUUGAGACUGCUCCACCAGACUAUCGGCUUGCAGGAUUGUAUGUGGUUGAUGCCAUCUCUCGUACAGUACAAAAGCAAAUGAGGAAAACUGCCGAUGAAGGGAACCAACAUCCAGUGGAGACCGAGGUUUAUCUUCGACGAUUUGCGAUUGUUUUGAAGGAUGGUGCAUUACGAGGAUGCUUUAUGCCAUGUUCCAGCAAAGAUAAGGAGAAGGUGAAAAAGACACUCGACAUCUGGGAACUGAAUGGCGUGUUUACCAAAGAUACGGUGGAUUACAUAAGACAAUCAUUCUUGAACCAAGAUGAUGCGACAUCAAGUGGAAACUACGGCCAAAAUAAACAACCACCUCAGCAUCCCAACCACGUAGACUCGGUUCAAUCAACUAAAGUACCUGAACCUGUGGUCGAUGCCGCUUCUCUUCUUGCCAAACUAUCCUCCAUUUCGGGUGGCAAUCUUGCCAAUCUUGCUUCAGCAUCAACAAGCACAGCAACUUCGACAUCACAAGCUCCUCAGCUAUCAACACAACAACAAGAUAAAGACAAUGCACUACCUCCAGCUUUGGCUCGUUUACUUGGUGGCAUCGUAUCUACACCACCACAAGGAUCAUCAUCCCAAGCACCAGCACCGCCAGCACCACCCAUGGUGCCUAUUCCAACUCCUACCAACACGGGUGUAAUCAACAAUGCAUCUCCACCACCACAACAGCAACAACCACCUAUGGCUGCAACAAGUGAUCCACGUCUUCGUCAAUUUCCUCAACAAUCGCCUCCACCACGCUUUCAACCAAAUGUACAACAACCUCCACCACGAACAAGACCAUCACGUUGGAAUACUGCUGCUGAUGAUACUCGUCCUAUCCGCCGUGAACAACCACCUCUUUCAUCCAUGCCUCAUUCACGUGAUAUGAUGUCUCCCAACAGUCAUCAUCGCCCAACACCACCUCAUCCUGAACAACAUCUUCCAGGACCUGUUCAUGAUCCGUCAUUGCAACCAGGCACUAUUCGAGUGCUUACACGGACAUUAUUCGUGGGAGCUUUGCCUGAAUCCUAUACACAACGAGAUGUUGCGGAGAUCUUUGAAAAGUACGGAAGAUUGGGUAGCAUUAUCGUGACACGAAAAGCAAGAGUGAAAGCGAACGCAUUUAUCAAGUUUGAAACACGUGCUGGUAUUGAAGCUGCUUUGAGAGACACUGGCAACCUUCGAUUGGAAGGAUCACCUGUCAAAGUGAAUUGGGCAUAUGGCUUUGGACCCAAGAAGAUGUUUGAUUACAAACUAGGCGAGUCGAUCAUACCCUUGAGCGAGUUAUCCGAGAAUGAAAAGUCGAGCCUAGUGACAGCACCUGUGGGUGGAUUCCAAGGUCAAGCUGUGCAGGAUCAAAUGACGAUUGAAGAACCUGAGGUGGCCUAUCGGCCCGAAUGGAAAAAGGAUGAGCUCAACAAGUCGACGACCACCAACACCAACACCAACAAUCGCCCACGUGGAAACGAUGGCCCUGAUGAUUAUUAUCAACAAUCUCGCCCUAAAAGACGACGUUUCGAUCAACCAUCAUCAUCAUCACCUCCCCCAAUGGGUGAUAUGCAACAACACAUGGAUCCUUCUUUAUCCGCUCCACCUCCCACAUGGAUGUCGAAUGCACCACCCAUGCCUAUGUCAAUGAUGCCACAAUCCAUGAAUCAGUUUUAUGCUGCUGUUUCACAACAACAACAGCAGCAGCAGCAGCAGCAGCGUUCUACUCCUCUUUCAUCAGCGGAUGCCACACCACCUUUUCAACAACAACAACAACAACCAUCACAGCAUGUCCCUUAUCCUGAUCCAUAUUAG